UCUGCUGCUUGUGAUACAGGAGCUCUCUCAUUGCUUGCAGCAAGCAGGGAAUGACAUGUUGCCAGGCUGCUGCUUCUUCUCUCAGCUGCCUCCAGCCCUGGGAUAUAUGAUCAGCUGUAGAGAUCAGCAGCCUCUUGUGUCCCCCUCCCAAACCCCUGACUGAUCCUCCUGCUUCCAGUAAAGGUGUGCUGUGGCUGCAGGUGACCUCCUAGGUCCUAAUGCCGAUCCUUGCUCAGAGAUCGACACAAGACACUUGCUAUUUGACUUCACUGGGAGGCUACUGACCAGGAGUAUUGGACAUCAGGCUUUUGGAAAUCAUGGGUUUUUGCAGCGGCAGGUGCACACUGAUGUUUAUUUGUGGGAUGCAACUGGCCUGCAUUCUGGAGAGACAAAUAUUUGACUUCCUUGGCUACCAGUGGGCACCUAUAUUGGCAAAUUUUAUACAUAUCAUUAUUGUUAUACUUGGAUUAUUUGGAACCAUUCAGUGUAGGACGCGUUAUAUUACUGGAUAUGCUGCUUGGCUCGUGGUGUGGGUGUCUUGGAAUGUAUUUAUUAUUUGUUUCUAUUUGGAAGCGGGAGAUCUUUCCAAGGAAAGAGACCUUAUUUUAACAUUUAAUGUAUCAAUGCAUCGUUCCUGGUGGAUGGAAAAUGGCCCAGGAUGCAUGGUAACCUCAGUAACUCCUGCUCCAGAUUGGGCACCAGAAGAUCAUCGCUACAUUACUAUAUCAGAGUGCUUACUAGAGUACCAGUAUAUAGAAGUAGGACACAGCUCUCUUCAAAUCUUUUUUGCACUCGCUGGGUUCAUUUAUGCCUGUUAUGUCUUGAAAUGUAUUUCUGAAGAAGAGGACAGCUUUGAUUUUAUAGGUGGCUUUGACUCAUAUGGCUACCAGGGUCCUCAGAAGACAUCUCACUUACAGCUGCAGCCCAUGUAUAUGUCAAAAUAACAAAGUAUUAACCUGAAGUUUUAUGGAGCACCCCUAUAUGUUGCUUCAUGGAAUUAUUCUCUUGGAUUGUAAAAAGAGGGCCAGAAGCAUUUGUGUUUAUGGUUUCUAUUCCCCAGAUGAGUUACCAAAAUGAGCCUUGUUCUCUAAGUGCACAAGUUGAUGUAUUUUCACUGGCAGAUACUGGAUCCCAGGAAGACAGAACACUGUUUUACGGCUGGUGCUUUGGUGCCCUCUUCUGGAACUCUCUCAUUUUUCCUUCUUUUUGCACUGUUAGCUUUAGGUAGGCCUCUUUUGAGUUACAAUAUGAUAUUUGCACAGGCAGUUACUCUGUGAGAGAGACCUCAGUGUUGUGAUCCGAGAGGACAUCAAGGACUGUGAUCAAAAUUAAAAGUGCCAUAAAAGCCCCUGAGGAUGUGGAACCCAUUCAGUUGCUUUGCAGGCACAAGGGAACAUUAUGUGCCUGUACUUUGCCUUAACCCAGCCAAAAUGUGAUUGUUAGAGAAGACCACACCGUUCGAGAUGCCAACUGUCAGAACUUGAAGACUUUCAUCAUUUCCAGUUCCUUCUCUGUCUGGGCAUCUGACCACCUGAAUGGACAUCACACUUGAUGUUACCUGUAUAUCAUUAUCCUCCCCACUGACCACAACUUUUUUGAUAACCCAGGAAACACGUAAUGAGUUGACUUUGAGGUUAUUUCAUUAAAAAGGUUCCCAUAGAUCAGAACAUAUGGGUUACAAGAUUUGCACAGGUGCUUUGUCACUAUAGUAAUUUAUGAAGUGAGUUUGAAGUGCAAUGAUAUAUAUCUAUAUGGCAAUAUAAAUCCCUGGCACCACAUUUGCAUUCCACAAUAUGACCAUUCAUAACAAGCUUUAUAAUACCAAGGAUAAUGAACGCUAGAAUGCCACCUGUGAUUUUGGAGCAUUGUGAAUCCCCUUAAUGCAUGAUAGCCUAGCUCCCAAAGUCAUGUGUCAUGGCAAUUGUAAAGAAUUCAGGCAUUGCUGUGCAAUGCAUCCCAUAACCUCACACCAAAAGUAUUCCAACGUAUGGGUUUUUACUAAUAUUCCAUGAGUAGAAAGCAUCAGAAUAAGCUGCUCUUUCGUCAUUGUUUUUAUCUUUUGCCACUGUUGGUGUUUUCUAUGUGACUUGUCUUUUACAAAAUAAACAGAUCUAAAAAAAAAUCUACAGAUUUCUAUAGAGGAAGAUCAAUUAAACAUUUAGAAUGAAUAUUUUAUACUUAAGUUUAAUGUAAAAUAUGGUGUAUGUGAGUGCUUUUCCAUGAGAACGCUUUCUUUUGUGAAAACUGAACUUUUUUGUGAUGUCUGGGGAAUUUGUUAGUGUAUUAGAAUACAUAUUUUAUCUUCCUGUAACUGUGUGACUAUAUAAAAAAAAAAAAAAAAACUUUCAGGAAAUUAUUUUUCCAUUGUAAAAUGCUGAUUACAAUUUUUUCUUUGACUUUGAAUGUUGUUUUUGUGUAUUUAGCUGCACAGUUGAUGCCCGCUGUACACCUCCAGGAAAGCAUCAUGUGAAUGGAGAUUCUGUAAAGUUGCUGAAAAGCCUUUAUUACUAAAAUGUAUUCUAACUUGAUAGGAGAGGAAUUCAUGGUUGCUGGGAGCUCCACCACUGGUACCCUACGAUCACUGCACCUCAUAACUUACACAUUCAUGUCAAAAUGGGGUUCUCCCAGUUCCAUAGAUUCUAAAUGAUCGACCGCCAGUCAAAAUCUUCCUUACCACGAUUGGGUGUGUGAGGGGAAAUGGGCACUAAGGAAAGUUAAUGUAUUGUUUAUAACAGUCUCAACAAACUCUAUCCCCUGCAUAGCUAAUACACUGCUCAAAAAGAAUAAAGGGAACACAAAGAUAACACAUCCUAGAUCUGAUUGAAUGAACUAAUCGUAUGAAAUACUUUGGUAUUAACAUAGUUGAAUGUGCUGACAGCAAAAUCACACAAAAAUUAUCAAUGGAAAUCAAAUUUAUCAUCCCAUGGAGGUCUGGAUAUGGAGUCACACUCAAAAUCAAAGUGGAAAACUACACUACAGGCUGAUCCAACUUUGAUGUAAUGUCCUUAAAACAAGUCAAAAUGAGGCUCAGUAAUGUGUGUGUGGCCUCCACGUGCCCGUAUGACCUCCCUACAAUGUCUGAGUAUGCUCCUGAUGAGGUGGCUCCUGGACAGUCUGUGGUGAAACAUGGCAUUGGUGAAUGGAGCAAGACAUGAUGUCCCAGAUGUGCUGGGAAACGGGCGGGCCAGUCCAUAGUAUCAAUCCCUUGCCUAGCAUUGUCGUGCUUUAGGAAAAACCCAGGGCCAACCGCACCAGCAUAUGGUCUCACAAGAGGUCUGAGGAUCUCAUCUCAGUACCUAAUGGCAGUCAGGCUACCUCUGACAAGCACAUGGAGGGCUGUGCGUUCCCCCAAAGAAAUGCCACCCCACACCAUUACUGACCCACCGCCAAACCGGUCAUGCUGGAGGAUGUUACAGUCAGCAGAAUGUUCUCCACAGCAUCUCCAGACUGUCGCGUCUGUCACAUGUGCUCAGUGUGAACCUGUUUUCAUCUGUGAAUAUCACAGGGAGCCAGUGGCGAAUUUGCCAACCUUAGUGUUCUCUGGCAAAUGCCAAACGUCCUGCACGUUGUUGAGCUGUCAGAAUUCUGCUUGAGGAAAUUCCUCAGUGUGAACUGAGGGGCAGAAAUUCUGCACAGCUCUCUGGGAAUUUUCACUGCUGAAUGAUUUGGAGAGGAAAAAGCGAGCAGAAUUACUCGUGGAAAUUCCUCUGCAAUUCCUUAGUGUGAACAUACCCUAAGACUCAUGGAUGGAGAUGUAUCAAAACCUGUCCAGAGGAAAAGUUGCUGAGCUGUCCAUAGCAACCAAUCAGAUCGCUUCUUUCAUUUUUAAAGGGUCUCUGAAAAACUAAAAAAGCUAUCUGACUGGUUGCUAUGGGCAACUCAGCAACUUUUCCUCUGGGCAGGUUUUGAUGAAUCUUCCCCAUGGUCCCCAAAAGAAAGUUACCCUUACUAAGUUACUAAAGUUACUAUUUGACAGAAAUAGUAAAAAUCCUUUUAUUUUCGAGAACUGGAGAUGGGGGGAGCAUAGAAACAAAAUAAGAACAUUGGGAGAUUUCUCAAGCUUUCUUAUAGUAAGAUUAUUUGUGUUGCCCAUAGCAGCCAACAAGAGCUCAGCUUUCAUUUCUCAUAUUGGUUUGGUAAAAUGAAAGCUGAGCUGUGAUUUUUUACUACGGGCAACAAAGAAUCUUACUAUAAAGCAACUUGAUACAUUGUCCCCACUGUUCUUAUCAGGGCCCCAUAGGCCACAAAAUUAUAUUAAUAACUUGAUUCUCUGGCCACAGUGAAGGUGUUUGGAAAAGACACAUAAAACACAUCUUCUGUGUCUUCAAGGCCAAUUGAUCCUGAUCCUUAAAGGGGUACUCCGGUGGUCAACGUGUUUUUCUGUUUUUGACUUACCCUAUUUGUUUUGUUUCAUUUCUAUUCUUGUUGUUUAGGCAACUCUAUUUCCGUUCUUUUUUGUCUUUUUAUCCCCCACUUUGUUUUCCUAUCUUUGCUUCCAUUUCCUGUUUCCUGCUGUGCUGAAAACUACAAAUCCCAGCAUGCCACAUGCCUUGCUGGUUUGGGGCGGCUCCUUUUUUUUUGUUUGUUUGUUCCGCCCUUUACCCAUCCCACUAUUUUCGCGGGUUGGCCCCCUUAUACACAGCACACUAAUAUAAUCAGCCUUGGUUGGGAUACACUGGCAUACACCCACAAAAGGGACUACAACUCCCAGCAUGUGUCGUUCAGGAGUCUUCAGUCUGUGGUAUAACACCAGCAUGCUGCCUCUGUAGUCUCCUGGGGGUUGUAGUUCACCACACCUCUAUAGGGCAUACACCAGUGUUUCCCAACCAGGGUGCCUCCAGACAAAAGCUGUCUGGGCAUGCUGGGAGUUGUAGUUUUGAUACAGCUGAAGACACCCUGGUUGGGAAACAAUUCACUUUGUUUGAAAUAUACUGAAUAGGCUAGGCCAGUGUUUCCCAAUCAGUGUGCCUCCAGCUGUUGCAAAACUACAACUCCCAGCAUGCUCAAAGGCUGUCAGGGAAUGCUGGGAGUUGUAGUUUUACAACAGCUGGAGGCACACUGGUUUGGAGACACUGGUGUAACAUGAUGUGUAUGCUGAAUAGGCUAGGACAGUGUUUCCCAACCAGUGUGCCUCCAGCUGUUGCAAAACUACAACUCCCAGCAUUCCCAAAGUCUGUCCAGGCAUGCUGGGAGUUGUAGCUUUGAUACAGCUGGAGGCACACUGGUUUGUAAACACUUGCAUAUACACACAUAACAGGGACUACAACUCCCAGCAUGUGUCAUUCAGGAGUCCCCCCCCCCCUACCUCCUUCACACAUAGAAAUCAUCCCCAGUCCGAGAUCUAUUCCCCUGCAGUCUAUACAUCCCCAGCCCGUGCACCUUGUUAUCCCUUCACAUAACACUUCCUUCCCUUCACAUACAUCUUCUCUGUCUUUUUUCAGUGCAGACCUGCGUCCUCAGAAGACAAAGCAGGGGGAGGGGAGAUGAGGAGCUGUGUAGGAGCUUCUUGCUCUCAUGCACACCUGUGACCACCUGGAGGGGGAGAUGAGGGGGCGUGGCCUAUCUAUCAUGCACACCUGUGACCACCUGGAAGGGGAGGUGAGGGGGCGUGGCCUAUCUCUCAUGCACACCUGUGACCACCAGGGGCGGGAGACGAAGGGGCGUGGCCUAUCUCUCUCAUGCAGUUUUCAAAGAACAGAGAAAAAAAAAAAACAUGAAAUCUUGUCCACAGCCUAAUCCUAACUGUGAACAACAGUCAGAGAUCCAACACAGAACCGCAGAACUUCCUGGCCCACAAACAGGUAAGAAAAAAAAGACACAUGCUACACAAACAUAUAAUACAUGUCAAUUGCAAAAACACAUGAACAUUAAAAGAAGAUGCAAUAUAGCCAAAAAUCUUAACCACCGGAGUACCCCUUUAACUUUCUUCCUGCAAUAUAUAGAGGGGACAAGUGGGUAUUUAUUCACACAAAUCACCAUGCAUCAGGUGUUAGUUGUAACAUAUGGCCAAAACUGGAGCAAGCACCAGUCUCUAUAAUUUAACCCCUUAAAUUCUGCUAUUAGUAGCAACUGCAAUGCAUUAUAUAUCCACUAACCCACAAGGCCAAUCAAUAGUAAUGAAUAGAAAUCAAUCAAUAGAAAAUGAUAGGUAUGCUUUAUAAGGCUGUGUUCACAUGUUGCAGCUAAUUAGAGGUGCCGCAACUGAUUACCACACACAUGUUGCCGCAAACGAGUCAUUUUUACCAAAAUGUUGAACAUUAAAGGUAAAUACAAUAAAAAGGCAUGCGGUAAUCAGUUGAGGCUUACAUAACAUAAUAUGUAUAUUAAGCACAAUAUGUGAAUAUAGCCUAAGAGGAAUUUGUCAAGAACAAUAUCCUAAAUUUUUUGGCUUACACUGACCCCUCGACCUUUGAUGGCCCCGACAUACGAUAAUUUCAACAUGCGAUGGCCUCUCAGAGGCCAUCGCAUGUUGAAGGCAGCAUCAACUUACGAUGCUUUUUUAUGUCGGGGCCAUUGCAUAAAUGGCUAUCCGGCAGCUUCAGCUGCUGCCGGAUAGCCGUUUACGGUGCCCCGUGAGCUCCGGUGAUAUCUCUUACCUGUCCUCGGGGCUCCGGCGCGUCCUCUUCGGGCUCCCCUGCAUCGUCGGCGCUCUCCAUCGACGUCAUCACGUCGCUGCGCACACCGUCCCGUCAUCCAAUAGGAGCGGCGUGCGUAACAACGGGAUGGCGGGGACGGAGCGUGUGGAUGCUGGGGAAGCAGAGGCCUUGCCGGAGCAUCAGGGACACCUCGGGGACGCGGUGACAGCGAUAGACGGCGACAUCCCGGGCAGCGGUGACGAGCGGUGACGGUCCGGAGUGGCAGAGACAGGUGAGAACAACUUCCUCUAACAGUGGUCUUCAAGACCGGUCUUGUAGACCGCUGUCCUAUACUUUACAUUUCACGGAUCCCUCAACAUACGAUGGUUUCAACAACCAAUGGUCCAUUUGGAACGGAUUACCAUCGUAUGAUGAGGGACCACUGUAUAUGGAACUUUAAAAAAAAAGUCCCAUUUACAGCUGUUUAAAGGGGUUUUACCACCAAAAUCAUUUAUCACAUAUCCAGAGGAUUGGUAAAAAAAACAAUGUAAUCGCUGGAGGUCUAAGCAUUGGGACCCCAAGCAAUCUCAAGUAGUUUCUAAAUGCCUCUUGUGAAUGGAGCCAUGGAGUUCUUGCAUAACCACCUCUCCAAUCACUGCUAUGGGACUGAUGGAGAUCACAUACAGUAACUCACCAUACACUAUCAUGAAGUGGCUGACUCUUCCCCCUUCUAAUCCCUUUUGUGGCUAGGCUUUAAAAUGCAACCGACAAAACAAAACUUCUAUCUUCCUGAUAGUGGGGAUUACCCUAUCUGCUAGAUAUACCUAUAUAAAGGAAAACUUGCAUCUGAAUCAGCACAGUUCAGAAUUUUGCAAAAAAAAAAAAUAAUAAUAAUUUUAAAAAAGCAUGUGAGAAUUCUUUUUUCCCUAAAUAAAAUCCUGUUUUCAGCUUGGAAAAAAAAACGAAAAAAAACAAAAAACUAGCAAAUAUGUGAUAGAACUUCUUUACAUUGUCUGCUGUUUUCACUUGUUUUGUCUCGCUGCUAAUUGGAAACAUGAACAAGCUGCUGUACAGUUUAUUAGGAUGUCCCUUAUCACUUUUCAUCAUUUACAAUGUCUCAAUGAGCUAAGCUGUCCAGGCAAUUUCCACUAAAUAUAUAUAGAAUAGGUUGUUGGUUACAUGUCAACUUUUGUAGCGCUAUUGAAUGAUGGCUGCAGACCACAAGAUUGCACAUCUCAAUGUAUGCCUUUGGACUGCAGCUGUAGCUCCACAGUUUAAAACAUUUUUUGAAUCAACUGGUGCCAGAAACUUAAACAGAUUUGUAAAUUACAUCUAUUUAAAAAUCUUAAC